AUGUCUGAACAACUGCAACAAUCGCCAACUAGGUUACGGAUAUUACAGAUCAAUUUAAACAAGUCAUCGAAGGCCCACCUGGAGCUAUACAAUAAAGUGUCGAGAAAGGACUGGGAUAUCGUCAUGGUACAAGAGCCUCAUGUGACGGCCAUGGGCAACAUCAGGACGCCCAACGGAUACAUGGUGGUCAUACCAGUGGACUGA